AUGUCGGACUCUGGGAUAACGCCAGACAGGGAGUCUAUCCCUUCAGAGUCCAAUGACCAUGAGCCUGAAUCUCUCACUCAGCUUAAGAGAAGCCUCUUCAUUACAGACCCUACAACUGAGUUCGCAGAGCAAUCCAACUUGUCCUAUCUUAUACCGGAAGAUACAGGCUUGGACCUAGAAGCAGCUUUUAAAGGUGUCGAGCCCGGAAAGUCUAUAUUAGAAUCAAUCAAGCGUCGAGACGCAUUAUUCUUCGGUACGCCAAUUCACAUUAUGCCAAGUUUUAUCACUGACACGUCGCCAGAUGAGACUGUAGAUGUUCUUUUACUACUCAAAAGUCCUUGGAAAGAUGAACCAACACUUCGCGCUCACAUCAGCCGGCUAGUGAUAUCCGUUGAAGCCCAUAUUGUCAACCAGAACACUCACGGCAAGGAAAACUCCACUUCAGAGAGUAUCUUCUCAGGUACUGCCCCAGACAUCGACGAUCCUUUCAUUAUCGUCGAUGGAGAAGGGAAAGAAGAUGACGAAGAUGAAAGUGACGAAGAAAGCGGCGAUGAGAACGAACUCCAGAAUGUCUUUGCUGUUUGGAAACUGCCCAUCUUUCUUAGUCGACCCCGAACACGGGUUUCUACGCCAGCCAUCAUUUUUACUGCAUCUGCAAGUCUGAAGCCUGAACUAUCAACCGAUACAAUCGGAAAGGGGAGCGGUUACCUUCAAAGUGGAGUGCCUUCUGGCUUUAAUCUGCUUGAGUCCUUUGGUAGUGAUGCUGCACUUGGCGGAGUUAAGCCUCGGCUGUCAGCGCUUCGAGUAUCGAGAGUCGCUCCUGUGACACGCUCGCAAGAUGUGACAAAGCAUAUACGGGCCCUGCCUCACAUUGAGCACAAAAUCUUCCCUCUAAUCCAUACAAGAAUUCGCUUCUCACGGCCGACUACAUCACCAACAAGCUCGGCUGUUAUUGCGCUACUCGAAGUUGAUUUUACUUCUCAUUUUGACUGUGAGAUAACACUAGACAAGAUCGACCUCUCAAUCCUUGACGCAACUAUUGAGAAUCUCAACGACGAUGCGGGUAUGCAACUUCCCCUUGCUUGUGUGUCUCACGACCAUAUCACACUUCUCUACCGUAUUGCUCCCCGCCAGCACGAUGUGACUGUCAAGAACCCGAUGCGGGAACUUGAUAUAACAAUCUCCGCCACCGCCCAGGUUGUACCUGGCCGUUGUACGCCUACAAUGACCAUGUCGUGGACAACUCAACUCGAUUUCACCCUUCCCGUUAACCCUGGCUAUGGUUCAGCAACUGCGGGAACGGGCAUCGUCCGCGCCCAUCGUCCAUCUCAACUCUCAAUCACCGGACAAGCGGUUCACCCUUUAAUAUCGCCAUCUGUCAUACGUCCUGACGCUCUUCCUACUCUUGAGGCUGCCACAUCUAAUACCGAGGCCUCUGUCGCAGAACUUGGCAUCACCAUGACCUUCACGGGCCCAUCUGAGCCGGUCCAUCCAGGGCAAAUCUUUUCUUGGACUGUCUACAUUGUCAACCGUGCCACAGAUAAAACCUCUGUACCUCCGCGUAAGCUUGCUCUUGUUGCAAUUCCCAAAAGACGGCGAGGCGAGGUCCGCAUGACACGGCCACCUUCGGUGAGCGGUCGAAAACAAGGGCAAAAAGACGUCGCUGAUGCAGUUACGGAUGAGAAUGUGCUUCACGCGUUACAGAAAAACUCGUCUGUCGAAUCUACGGAUGUUGUGUGCCUGAGCGCUGAUACCCGCGUUGGCCCUCUGGCACCGGGGGCCUGUCACGUAGUUGAGCUUCAGUUCCUGGCGCUGCAAGAAGGUGUUGUAGGUCUGGAGGCGAUGCGUGUCGUGGACCUGGGAUCGCAGGAACAUGUUGACAUCAGAGAUUUACCCACUAUGUUGGUAGAAGGGGCGGCUGCAUGA